AUGGAUGCUGUGAUCAAUUUGCCAACCAGAACUUCAUAUCAUUGCCUGGGACUAGACUCCAACAUCACAAAGAGGUUGGCCAUCAGGUUCCCCCCCAGCACAACAAAAUGCAACUUGCAACGACACACCGUCAAGAAGAAUGUCCUAAACAAUUCUUGGGGUAGAAAUAGAAUUUUGGCCAUGGCAUUAAAAACAGGUCCCGAUUCUCAGCAAAAUUCUCCCUCUCCAGCAGAAACUGUAGAUCAGUACUACACAAACAUCAAUGGCAAAGAGCUGCGACAAUUGGAUGAGUGCAUAUCCGAAGAUGCUUGCUUUGAAGACUACGCCUUCACCAAACCAUUCCAGGGAAAGAAGGAAGUAAUGCAGUUCUUAGAACAGCUUACUGAAUGCAUGGGCCGGAACGUGAAGUUCAGGGUGAAGCAUAUAUACGAGGGAGAUGAUUUAACUGCAGCAGCUAACUGGCACAUGGAAUGGAAAGAGAAACAAAUCCCGUUCACAAGAGGUUGCACCUUCUUCAAGUUAACAAAAUUGGGAAAGAACCUGAUCAUUUGGAGAGCUGAGGUAUUAACCGAAUCACCUAUAAAACCAGGAAGCAUAGUUUUGGUAAGCCCCGAUACACGAAUUGACUCUUUCUUGACCCUAUUGAAAAACGUGACUGCAAUAUUUGACGACUUUCCAAAUCUAACAGAGUGUAAGUCAUCGUUCCCAGAUUUUACAUUUCCUUCUAACCAUCCAAAAGAUCUCAAUGAACAUACACAUGCGCAUGUUCCUGCAGGGUUCUUGAGAAGUCCUCAUGUAAUACUAACAUGGAUUUUGAAAGCUUACAGCAUAUUUAUUGCGUCUUGGCUUCAUCCUCUCCUAGAGGGCUACGUAAAGCUAUGGAGUUUCUUUGUUCGAUUACUAAGCUCUGUGAUGACUCUAGUCAUUUUUAUUUCUAAGACUUUCUUCAAGUAA